AAGCUCACGCACGAAAUCUGUCAAAAAGUACUUCGCGCGCCGGGGUGAUUUCACGUUUUAUUAAAAUUUUGUCCUAAAAUAAUGUGUAUUUUAUAGUAAAAAUAGUUUAAAUGCUAUAAUUAUGACUUCGUCCUUUGAUGAUAGUGUUUUAAAUUUUGAUUUGGGAUUUUUAAAUCAAACUUCAAAGAAUAUCGGUUUUAGUAAACUAGAAAAACAACGUAAAGCCAUUUUGCUUGUAAAGAAGAAAACCAUAACUACAGAUGGACUAAUAAAAAAAUAUUUUAACAAAAAAGAAGUCUUAGAACAGACAGAGAGGUCACUCUCUGUAUCCAAAGAAGAAUGUAAACAAGUUUGUAUUGACUACAAAAAUGUUUUAGAAAAAUGUGAAAGAUUGGAAAAUGAAAUUCAAGUGGUUCACCAAUACAACCAACAACUACAGCUAAAGUUAUCUGAUGUUGAGAAUCAAUUUAAUGCUCUACAAUCCCAUGCAAAACAGUUAGAGGUAUUAGUCAAAGAGCAAGAGACCAAAAUUGAAUCGCAAAAAAUUGAAAAUCAUUUAGGAAAGACAAGCAGUAAGAAUUCUACAAAUAUUACAAAUGUCCAGAAGCAAAAUGACAUUCUGCUCCGAGACUUGUGUAUUUUGGGAGGACUGCUUCUGCAAAACAAAAACCUCAAACCACAAUAUGUUAAUGUUCUCAAGAAGUAUGAAAACUAUCUUAAAAAACAUGAUGAUGAUUCUAGCAAUGAUUCUGGAGACGGCAAUAGUGAUAAUGAAAUUGAUUUGUCUGAGGAAGAGUUGAAGUCUCCACAAAGUCCACUAUGUUUGAAAAACAAUAAACACAAGAUUCAUUCUUCAUCUGUAGAAGUUCAAGAAGUAAUUGUUGUGAAUGUUAGCAGUGCAGGAAAAGAUGAUACUACUUCUAAACCAAGUGAAAUUGAUAGAUGCUCAGUUUACAGCAAUGACGUAGCUAGUGCAGACACCGGUAGAGGUUCUUCUCUUGCAUUUUCUGACAGCGAAAAAUGUUUCCGUAGUCCUGAUUAUUUAUCAAAUGAUAAUAGUCCAGAAUUUAUAUGCAAAUCAACCAUGAAUAGUGUGGGCACUAGUCCAAUACUGGAUACCAUUGAUACUGCUACAAGUCCAAUUAAUUUUGAAUCACAGACAGACUUUACAUAUACGUUUAAUGAAGAAGUCAGUCCCUUUAGAUCUACAGGCAUUGAAAAUGUUCCCCCACCAACCGAAGUAUGUUCUAGUCAAGCUGUGAUAAAUCACCCAAUUCAAGAUAAACCAAAUAAUCAAUACUCGAAUACUCAAGCAGAGGAAUGUCUUCAGGUUAAUAGUAGUAGUCAUUACGAAGAUGAAUAUAGCAGAGAUGGCGAAAUUGAGAUGAUAUUAAGUAAAAUGCAAUUCAAUCGUGAUCUGAUCACGCCAAUGCCUAGUAGUCCAUGUAGCAGUCAAAGUACAGUAACUUCAAUAGUCUCUGCCUGUCAGACUAAUCACGAUGAUUUUAUUAUCUGUCGAGACGCUGCUAAAUUAAAAGAAGAAAAUAAAAUAUUACACGCAAAUAUUACAGAUUUAGCAAAAGAAAUUAAGAAUAUUAAAAGUAUAUUGAAAAUGAAUCCUACUGCUUCUCUUGAGAAAAACAUAAACCAAGGAAUAGCUGAGAUUUCCAUGCCAACAUGUGGAAACAAUAAGAUUAUAGAGGACCAACUGGACAAUCACAAUGAGAAUCUUCAUGAGAAUCAUAAUGAAAAUCUUCAUGAGGAUCAUAAUGAAAAUGAUGACUUGACUGACAUGGUAGAUCUAGUUCAAAUAUGUGAUAGUGAAGAUAUGUCAUUCAAUGACUUUUGUGAUUUGGAAACCCGAGAAGAUAUGCAAAACGAUGAAGGUGCAUUCAAUACGCUUAUACCAAGCUCACAAGAAGAAGAUCCAAUAAUUGUUAUUGAAGAACAAGAAAACCCACCAGAAGGAAUAAUGAGCAGAUUAGAGUUUGAAGAAGAUCCUUCUUCAAUAGAAAGUACACCAGACAAAUUUAAUGAUAUUAACUCCAAUGUAUCAAAUGAGACAGCAGUACCACAGAAUUCUGUCGAAAAUUUGGGUAAUAAUAAUGAAAGACUAAGAAGAAGAUUAAGGAAAUUAAAUAAUUUAGAAAAAUUCAGGAGAAAAAUGGUUCCUAAAAGUAAGAUACGACGAGAAUAUGUACAAUCGACAAGAAAACGUCUCAUUAAAAAAUCAAUUGGAAAAUCAGUUAAACAUUUGAAAUUAAAAACUCUAAAGAAAAAGGUUACUCUUGCCGAUACAUCAGCAUCAUUGAAUGAUAAAACUGUAUACGAUAAGGCUGUUAAAAUUAUGUCUGAGUUAAAAGUGAAACAGUCUGAAGAACCUAAUAAUAAAUCUUUAACGCCGAAACAGACUGAAAAAUCUCUUGAUAGCCCUGAGAUUAGAAAAUCUGUUAAAAAGCGUUUAUUGGACGUCUCUAAAUUGGCUUUGGAUAUAACUGAAAAACCAUUUGACAUCUCUGACUUAAUAUCUAAACAGACUCCAAGGCCAGUUAUUAAGUCUGUUACGGUACCACGUGAGACACAAAAAUCUGUAUGUUUUGACGAAUAUAAUACCCAGUCUUUGAAAAAUAUGCAACCCAUAAUCCGUAUUGAUAAAUUAUUAGAUAUAACAGAGCGAAGUGUCGAAUGCAUCGACAAAAGUCAUAACAUUGAAAACACCAAAGGCCAACAAUCUUUGUCACCAAGUGUAAUUACAAGGAGUCGUAGUAGAUUUGUGGAAAACCUUCAAACUUUAAAUCAUGAGCCAUCGGCGUCAGAAAGCAUGCGGGAAGUAUUACCAAAAGAAAGCAAGAAACGACUGAAACGAGUGGCUUCAGAUGGAAAGCAGGAAUUUGAACAUAAAAGGAUUUUGCGCAGUUCAACACGCCUUUCAAUGUGUGAAAAUAACACAAAAAUUAAUAAUAAUAAUAACACAACAAACACUUGUAACAAAGAGAAUAAUUCAAAAUCGCCAAAAGUAAAUAUAAAUUGCAAAAAUGAAAAAAAAUCGCCAGUAAAAAAUGAAAAGCUAAUUGAUAGCUCUAAAUAUAAUUCAGCAAUUAGUUAUGACGAUCUUGAUAUGUUUAGUGAGCAAGAGCCAAUGAGAAACAACAUUCUGUUCGAUGAAGUAGGCCAAAGGGACUCAAAAGACAGUAUUUUAUGUACCAUGCUUGAAAAGUAUGGGUUGAGUAAAGUAAAAUUUUAUCCAAAAAAAAUUCCAGAUGAAAUUACAAAUACAAUUCAUAAGGAGAUUGAAGACAGUAUUAAACAUAUAAAUGAGCUCAAACCAAGGGAAGCCAAAUCAGCUAUGGCUUGCAUGAUAGAUAACCUUCAGUCUUGGAAUGUGAAACAAUUUUUGACAGGGUUAAUGAAAUAUUUACAAGAUCCUGAAAGAAAAGUGGAAUUGUAUUCAAAAGUUAACUCGCCUCCAGCACCACCUAUGUCUAAAUCAGAACAAAUUCUUCUUUAUAUUGUAAUGCAAUUGAGAAAUGUUUGGUCUAAUGUUGAUAUAGUGAAUCAUGUUUUAAGUAGCAUAGAGUACACAAUGUUCAAACUAAACCGUACCCCCGAAUUUGAUACUGUUGAGAGUAUGUCUCACUUUUAUGCAAUCCUAUGCAGAUAUUUCAAGAUGAAGACCCGACUGAGACUGUUUAUGUUAGAUGCUAUGUAUUGUAUGCAAUUUAAAGCUAUUGCACUGAUUAGGCAAUGUAUGGAUGUUUGGAUGCACGUAUUACCAUUAGCACAUAUGGGAAUUGCCAAGAAUCCGCUGGUGACCUGCGUGGUAUACCUUUUACAUUUUUACAAAUGUGAGGAUAAUUUUAACAGAGUGCAAGACAUAAGGAAUAUUCUAAGCCGUAAAUACUCUUAUCAAAUAUCAGAAUGGAAUGAAACAAAGAUUUUAGAUAUGUUUAGAAAUGCUAUCUACGAACUUAGAGAUAUUCCUGUUGAGAAGAAAAUGUUAAGAUUAUCUCUAAUUAUACUGGCAAAACGGCAAGGUGCACGUUGGUGUCAGAAAAAUAUUAUUGCAAACAUGAUUCAACCUAUCAUAGAAAAUAAGGAUGCUCCCAGUGCAGUAAAGCAAUUCUGUGUUUCCAUGAUCGGGCCUUUGGUGAAGCCAUACCCUGUGGAUAUGAAAGUUCAUUGUGAAAUAAUCAUGAACCUACUGCUGGAUAUGAGAAAAGAAAAUCCUUCACCGCCAAUGGAAGAAGCCAUAUUUACGAGUCUAAUGUACAUGUGUAAACACAAUCAAAAUCGUGUGGUAGGAGCCCUGUUAAAAUGGCAUCCAAAGCGUUUGUCUUCAGAGUGUCAAGAAGUAAUACGUGACUUCGUAAGGGAUAAACCAGCAAAUACAUGGAAAUCAAUUAUAAAAAGAAUUUAUAGUAUGGAUACAUUAAAUGAAGCUGAAGACUAAUGAGUGCUGUUCCAUAAGAGCCAUAUUCAUUUUUAUGACAGCUAUCCAAUGAUGUAGUAACAUCUGCUCCUUUAGUUUUCAUGAAACUUGAAUGUUUUAUUUUAUUUGUAAAUAGUUGUGGAAUGGAUUUAAUGUUAAGUAUUUAACUUUAGGCAUUAAGUUAAGUGGGCCUCCUUUGCACACUGAAAACUGUGAUUAUAAAAAUAAACACUAAUAACAUGA